AUCAACAAGGAAGUAACUUGGUGGCAAAGUACUGUCAAGAUGGCACCGAGUGGGUUGAAAGCGGUGGUGGGGGAAAAAAUCCUCAAUGGUGUCAUCAAAAGUGUGAAGAAGGAUGGAGAAUGGAAGGUCCUCAUUGUGGAUCACAUGAGCAUGCGAAUUCUAUCGUCCUGCUGCAAGAUGUCUGAUAUUUUGGCAGAGGGGGUGACCAUUGUGGAGGAUAUCAAUAAACGCAGGGAACCCAUCUCUAGUCUGGAUGCCAUUUAUCUGAUUUCACCAGUUGAAAAGUCAGUUCGAGCUCUGAUCAAUGACUUCAAAGAAACAGCCUUCACUUACAAAGCAGCACACAUCUUCUUCACUGACACUUGUCCAGAUGGUCUCUUUACUGAGAUUGGGAGAUCCAGAGUUGCCAAGGUCAUCAAGACUUUAAAAGAGAUCAAUGUUGCUUUUCUGCCAUAUGAAUCUCAGGUUUUCUCCCUUGACGAUCCCACCUCCAUGCACUCCUUCUAUAGUCCUGUUUCAUCUGUGGAUAAAGGCAGAAUGAUGGAGAAUCUUGCUGAGCAGAUUGCCACCCUGUGUGACACUCUGAAAGAGUACCCUGCAGUCCGCUACCGCAGGGGCCCAGACGAGAACUUCAGACUGGCCACGGAGGUCUACCAGCGUCUUAAUGCUCAUAAGGCUGACAAUCCCAGCAUGGGAGAGGGUGCUGAUAAAGCGAGAUCCCAGUUACUGAUUGUCGAUCGUGGUUUUGACCCCAUCUCACCUAUUCUGCACGAGUUGACGUUCCAGGCAAUGGUCUAUGACUUGCUAGAUAUCAAACAGGACAUUUACAAGUAUCAGACUACUGGCAUCGGGGAUUCAAGGGAUAGAGAGGUUUUGCUGGAUGAAGAUGAUGAUCUGUGGGUUCAGCUCAGACACAUGCACAUAGCAGAUGUCACCAAGAAAGUGACAGAACUUCUCCGCAACUUCUGUGAAAGUAAAAGGAUGUCCACUGAUAAUGCAAACAUAAAAGAUCUCUCACAGAUGUUAAAGAAGAUGCCACAAUAUCAGAAAGAACUGAGCUUGUACUCCACUCACCUGCACCUAGCAGAAGCCUGUAUGAAGAAAUUCAAGGCCUCUCUUGAUAAGCUUUGUGAGGUGGAACAGGACCUGGCAAUGGGGUCAAAUGCAGAAGGAGAACCUUUAAAAGAUGCCAUGAAAAGCAUUGUCCCUGUGCUUCUCAACAAUGAAAUUGAGGCCUAUGACAAGAUCCGAAUCAUACUACUGUACAUAUUCCACAAGAAAAAAGGCAUUGGGGAAGAGAACCUUAACAAGCUCAUCCAGCAUGCUAACAUUCAGGCAGACAGCAACAUCAUCACCAACCUGCAGCACUUGGGCUGUAACAUUAUAUCGGAGGGCCCCAAUACUGGGAAAAUGCUGCCAGAGCGGAAGGAGCGCACUGAAAGCACCUACCAGCUGUCUAGGUGGACACCCACCAUUAAGGACAUCAUGGAGAAUGCCAUAGAUGACAAACUGGACAGAAAGCAGUGGCCAUUCAUCUCUGAUCCUGUUCCCAUCACCACAACCCAGACUGCCGUCAGCAGUGCACGUUUUGGACACUGGCACAAAAACAAAUCUCCUUCAGAAUAUCGCUCCGGCCCCCGGCUCAUCAUUUUUGUGAUCGGUGGGGUGUCACACUCAGAGAUGCGCUCUGCCUACGAGGUCACUCGAGCUACUGAAGGGAAAUGGGAGGUGCUGAUUGGCUCCUCUCACAUCCUUACACCAACCAGCUUCCUCACUGACCUGAAGAGACUGGACCAGGUGCCUAACCCUGAUUGUUAGACAAGACUCUGGGCAGGCAAGGAACUCUAGGAUAAGGGGCAUGUCUUUCAUUUGAGAUAGCUGGGUACUGGUCUUUUGUUACAGCAUCUCCGACAUCUGAAGUAAAAGAGUCAAAUUUUAGGCUUAAUAAAUGAAGGAUUCUUUUUUCCCCCUGUUUUAGAAUGUUCUUUUUAUUUUAAUGCUUGCUGUGAAAUGGAUUAUGUGUAUAUACUACUGCUGUGAUUGAAACUGUAUUCAGAAUAUUUAAUUUGAACAAAGAAUCUCAUGAUUAUUGUUUGAUUAGGGUACCCUAUGCUGUAAUUAUGUCUAAAUUCACAAAUUCUUAUUUUUGUGACAAUAAUUUUAAUUUCCCUUAUAUUUUGUACUCAUACAAUUGCACCAACUUCACAGAAUGGGAUAAUCUCAAUCCGAAUUGCACUAUAAUUCUCAUAGGUAUAUAAAAUGGGAGAAAUAUAUUCAGUCAUAUCCAUUAUUUGAUACAUUUUUACCCUUGGUGCAAUUUUCCCAUCUUUGAAAAUUCAUCUCAGAAUGUCUCACCUGCUGUCUUCUUCUGAAAUCCUGCACUUUUACCACAAACUUUUAUGUAGUAAGAAUGGGAGUGAGUGUGGUGGGUCUUUGUUUCUUUAUUGUCUUUGGAAAAAAAUAUUUAAUAAAAGAAGCAUAUCAUAUUCACUCAA